UCGUAUCUUGUUUGUUCGCCAGAGAUAUCUCUCGUCGAUGAUGAUCUCUCUACUCGCGAGCGAGUGUUUGCGUUCGAGACGUGUUUGAAGUUUCGAAUCGGUAUUUUGUCAGGAAAACAUCAAGUUUCGCAAACGAAAGCGUCUAACUACUGAAUUGCGCGCGCACAGAUAAAGUUUGAUUGUAUUGUGGGAAGAGGAAGACAUUAUUUCUCCAACUCUUUAAUGACUGUGAUUACGAUUGAUUCGAAAUUGUGACUAUUCCAAAGUAAUGUUAAUCUCUCUUUCGAUGAUAAAUACAGGUCGACUACACAAGGGAAAAAUAAAGCGAAACAUCAACGAAACAUGACGAAACAAUUCACGAGACGUCAAGUCGAGAAGAACGACGAAAAGGAUACUAUGCUGUUCAUCUUGCACGACAAAGUAUAUAAUGUUCACAGCUUUCUCAACGAGCAUCCGGGCGGAGAAGAGAUCCUGCUGGAUCACAAAGGCACAGACGCCUCCGAGAACUUUGACGAUGUCGGGCAUUCGAACGACGCUAUGGAGCUGAUGAAGAAGUAUCAAGUUGGCGAGGUCGUCGAGUCGGAAAGAAAGAAUCAAUCGCCAAAGCAGGGCUGGGUGGCGGGAUACACAAAAACGGGGGAGAAGAAGAGCGGAUCCAGCGUACCCUUCUAUCUGCUCAUAGGUGGACUCGCGCUCCUAGUGGCCAUCAUAUCUUAUAUUUAUUAAACAAUCGUCUUGGAUGAUUAGAUGCAACGCGAGAAUGCUGUGAACGUGAUAGUGUGAUAGAACGAUCCACAGAAUGUAAGAAUAUUCUUACAUUAUUCUAACUCUGUCGUAAUGUUUUGAAAGCGCAUCUCUAAGCAAUUAAUUUUGUUUUGAAGGGAGAGGUUUUAUUUUGUACAAGACAGUUUUACUUCUCAAGACAGUUAAUGUUCGAAUGAUAAUUUGAAAUGUCUAAGUCUCAAAUUUAUCAUUGAAUAUUAAUGAAAUAUAUAGUAUUUAUACAUGAAAAUAUAUUGUAAAGUUAAUCAGAAUAUGAAAUAAUCAAUUUUUUUUAUAAAUCAAAGAUUUUCAUUAAAAUCGAAGCAUAUUUGCCAAUUUAUUAGAUUAAUUUUAGUCAUCGUAUCAAACAUUUUGUUAUGUAAAUUGAGAAGUCAAAACAAGUUUAUCUGUCUUAUCGUCUUAUCGACAAUUUCUACUGUACAAGCAAAUUGUUUAAAAACAAUCGUUGUACAAGGAGGAUGUUUAAAUUAACAGCUUAUUUUAUGCAAGUCGGAAUAUAAAUUUAAAAAAAUAACAUAUUAUAUAUAAUUAUAUAACAACUUUGUAGCAACACUGCGAUAAAUACUUAAGAAUAAUUAAGCCGAUGAAAGAAAUGAGAAGAGUUUGAUUGUUCGAUUCCGAAAACUUGAGAAAAAACGUUGGGAAAAAGUAAAUUAUAUAUUAUAAUUAGAUACCAGGAUUCUAAUAUGCGCAAAUUGUUUUGAAAAAUUUCUAAAAUGUAUCAAAUGUAUGAAAUUUCUAAGAU